AUGCGCACCUAUACCCUCAUUGCUUAUAUUACUACUCUGUCCUUGGCGAUUUGCAAUCUCCCGACCACAAACGCUCUCCCAAGCUCUACAGGCAUCGUACCAUCAAAGUUCGGGGAUCAUACCAACAGAAUCCACGAGAACCACAACACGCCGAACGAGCAAGACAACAAACACCAUCACAACAGACGUUCUCCGUUUGCGAAGAUCCAUGCACAGAAGACACACAGGGACAGUGAAGUGGCUGGAGGGAAACCGAUAGAGGUCAUUCGUCGUGUAAUCAAGAAUGCGGACUACGGUGGAGGGGCAGCACCCAUGGCUGCGAGUACUAAUACUGCUGUCACUGCCCCAGCAGCAGGUGUGUCAGCCACGCCGACGGUGCAAAAGGCGGCUUCCACCGGUGCCGUGACCCCUGCUGCGUAA